AUGUGUGUGGUUUUGAAGCCACCUGGCGGUGCAAGCAGCAACUUGUUUGGCGAGGAGACUCCACAGGAGCAGACUCCCCGGCGUGUAAAGAACUACAUGAAGAGCAGCAUUUUUGGAUCUGAGGAGGACUCCGUGGACAGCCCGGCAUCGGCAAAAUCUCGUCCGCGGCCUGGUAACGAUUCCGUAUCCCAGCUCUUUGGGGGACAAGAAUCCAAGUCUUCUCGCCCGGUUAAGAAUUACCUCAAGAGCUCUAUUUUCGCCUGGGAUGAGUCUGAUGCCGGGAAGAAGGAAAAGGAAAAAAAGGAGGACGAGGAGGAGGGAAAGGAAAAAGGGAAUGAGGGUGGCGGUAAGCUGGAACAGGGUGAUUCUGUACAUGAUGAUGCUGCACCCCAAGUCAACACCCAAGUGAAUGGAGAGGUGUACCAGAAUGGUCAUGGGCAUGGCAAUGGGUCCAUCAAUGGAGACACAAAUGGCUACAAGACUCCCCCGAGUGAGCCAUCCACUCCCACUUCUGCUGCUCCUGGUAUUCAACAACGUGGCCGAGUCCCACCUGGUGGCUUUUCCUCCAAGCUCUGGUAGACCUGCCUGCAACUACAUCUGCAACAGUAACAACAGUACUCCCUUCACAAUGGCACACAGUUUUUCUUGAGACUAAUUCCUCAAAUGCUUUUUUCUGAUUUGACUACUGUC